AUGUUUCCCAUAGCUUACCCAUCAUCAUCUUCUUCUUCUAGGAAAUAUGAUGUGUUUCUAAGUUUCAGAGGAGAGGACACUUGCAGAACCUUCACUAGCCAUCUCCAUACUGCCUUAUGCCUCAGAGAUAUUCAGACAUACAUUGAUUAUAAGCUCCUAAAAGGCGAUGACAUCUCCCAGUCACUCAUUGAAGCAAUUCAGGAUUCAUCCAUUUCUAUGGUGGUCUUCUCUCAAAACUAUGCCACUUUUAAAUGGUGUUUGAAUGAGCUCCUUCAGAUCCUUUGCUGCAAACAACAGCAAGCACAAAUUUUUGUUCCUAUCUUCUACGAAAUUGACCCAUCUCAUGUGCGCAAACAAAGGGGAGCUUAUGAGCAAGCAUUCGCAGAACAUUUGGAGAAAAACCCAAAGAAGGCGGGGGAGUGGAGACAAGCACUUUUUGAGAUUGCAAAUUUAGCAGGAUUAUAUUGGACUCCCGCAACUGUAGGUCACUCUUCAUUCUCUAACUCCAAGGAUGAUGCAGAACUCAUUCAAAAUAUUAUCAAUGACGUCAUCAACAAACUGAACCAUGAGUACUCAGGGAGUCUAUUAGAAAAUAUUGUUGGAAUUAAUGAGAAUUUGGAUCAUAUUGAGUCAUUGCUAGAAGAAUCCUCAACAAUUGGGAUUUGGGAGAUAGGCGGGAUAGGCAAAACAACAAUGGCUAAGGUUGUGUUUGCCAAGCUCCGCUCUCAAUUUGAUAGCUGCUGCUUCUUAGAAAAUUUUAGGGAAGAGUCAGAAAGGCAUGGGUUAAAAUAUGUACGUGACGAAUUUUUCCGAGAGCUAUUAAAGGAUACAUCUCUUGGAAGGCUCAAUCGUAGAAAAGUUUUGAUUGUACCUGGUGAUGUUAGCAACACAAAGCAGUUAGAUUAUUUGGAAAGUGAAGCUCCUCCUCUGAGACCUGGCAGUAAAGUCAUCAUAACAAGGAGAGAUAAAAACGUACUUGAGGGAAGAGUUGAUAAAAUACACAAGGCCGAGGCACUGGGCUAUGACAAUGGGCUUAAGCUUUUCAACCUCAAAGCCUUCCGCAAAUUUGGUUGUAGAAGUGAAUAUAAAGACCUCGUUAAAAGAGCAGUUGCUUAUGCUGGAGGAAAUCCGUUAGCCUUAACCAUUUUGGGUUCAUUUCUACAUGCCAAAACCGCAGAGGAAUGGGAAAGUCCAUUGAGAAAAUUAGAAAACACGAUCCAUCAAGAUAUUCAAGCUGUGUUAAAAUUGAGCUAUGAUGGACUUGAUUAUGAAGAGAGAUAUUUUUACACGUUGCUUUCUUUUUGA